GGUGGAUCGACUCAGACUCUGACAGGACUCCAGCAGCGCGCGGGCGGCAGGGCGCGGACCCCACAGGACCAUGCUCAUGGCCGUCUCCAUCCUCCUCACCGUCGGCCAGGUCGCCGCCGACGCCAUAGAUGGCUUCGACUUCGCCGACGAGUGGGCGCACCGGCAGGCCGGCCUCGGCCGCUGUCAGAUGAUCGUCACUUCGGGCUACGGCUACCGCCAGUUCAUCCCCCUGGAGGCCGCCACCGCCCCGCCCUCGGACGACCCCAUGAGCGGCUACCCGUCCCCGCUGGUGGCGGGCCCGCAGCCCACGCCGGGCACGCCUGCUCAACGCCACGGAGGCCCCCGCCGCCCCGCCGCCGCCGCGCCGCCCCCGGCCGCCACGCCGGCCCCGGGGGACAAGCUGGUUCUGCGGUUCCAGGUCCUGGCCGAGAGCGACGCGCACAUCCUGCUCAGCUCGCAGAGGCGGUCGGACCGGGAAGCGUACGAGGUGGUGCUGGGCGCGGGCAACAACUCGUACACCGACUUCCGGCGCCUGCCCGCCUCCAUCCCGCCGCGGCGCGCCUUCAACUACACCACGGGCGUGGUGUCCAACCAGGAGCUGCGCGCCUUCUGGCUGCUGGUGGACAUGGGCACCGGGCUGCUGGCCGUGGGGCCCGACGGCGGCGCCCCGCUGCUGGCCUGGGUCGACCCGGACCCGCUGCGCAUCAAGUACUUCAGCCUGUGCACCUGGACCGAGGUCCACGGCACCUGGCUCUACGGCUGCGGCAAGGCGGGUACGCACUCCCCCCUGCUGGACGCGGACUGGAUGACGCCGGAGGAGCGCGUGCGGCAGCGCGUCCUCACCAACGACAAGAAGGCCGCUCCGCACCACGCCGUCGACGUGCACGCCGAGCUGGCCGUGGGGAGGGUGGCGAUGGACGACGUGCUGGGGCUGCUCGCCCUGUCCGCCACCAUGCAUCUGAGUUGGCGCGAUGAGAGGCUUUCGUGGAACCCCGAGGACUUCGUCGGGGUCAACAGCACCUCCGUCUCGGCGUCGGACGUCUGGGUGCCCCACGUGCGGACCACGGGCGUGACGCACCUGCAGGGGCUGGCGGCCUUCGGCCAGGCCUUGGGCCAGGCCCGGCUGCAGGUGUCCUCGUCGGGCGAGGUGCACUGCCGCUGCCCCGUGGCGCUGCGGGCGGCGUGCGCGCUGGCGGCCGGCACCUACACGUGCGACUUCGGCCUGGGGGCGGCGCCGCCAGUCAACCUCACCACGGCAGCCCCCUCGCAGCGCCUGUACGAGAUGACCGGCCACCGGCCCGAGCCAACCCUCCUGAGCCAGGACGACUGGGCCGGCGCCUCCGUCCACGCCGACGGUGACAUGGAGGGAGCCGAGACGCAGAUGGUGCUGAGGAUACGGCUGCGCCAUCGCGGCUUUAGACUCGGCUGCGUCUUCUUCGCCGCGUUCUCCGGCGUGUGCGUGUGCUGCGUGGCGACGCUGCUCGCGGCCGCACCCCUUCCCGGCACGGCGCUGGCCUCCCUCAACCUGGUCAUGACCGCCGUGGCGCUCAUCAGCCUCCAGGCCGCGCUGCCCCCCGCCGUCCACGCCACGGCGCCUCAGGGUGUGGCGUGCUUGUCGGCGGCGAUGGUGCUGGCCGCCGCCGGUCUCUUGCUGCCCACUGUGGCGGGCGCCGCGGACUGCAGCAGGGGCAAGCCGCCCGCGCUGCCGUGGUGCCUGGCCAGGGUCAUGCGGAGCGACGCCUUCGCCAGGAUGCUGCUGUGUCGGCCCACCCCGCCGGAGAGGCCCAGAUGGCGGGAGUGUCCGGGCGGCGGCACCGAGCAGGUGCUGGAGAUGCUCAACAAGCUGGACGAGGAGGAGAGGCGCAGGGACUGGAUGAUGCUGGCCACGGCGCUGGAGAAGCUGUGCGCCGUCCUCUGCCUGGCGCUGGCCUCGGCCGCCAUCGCGCCCAGCCUGGCCUAGCACGCCCAGCACGCCUUGCACCAGGAGCCCGCCUGGAGACUGAUUGCCAGAGUCGUCCAAAUUUGCAUAUUGAAAAUAUUUAGGUAAAGGAGGUCUGUGAUAUUAUUUUAGUGUUUGAUCUUAAGAGAGCAGCUGACUCUUUUGAAGAAGAAAAAAAUCUAACAGAUAAUGAAUAAUAUUUUUCAUCUGGUCACCCCUUUCAAAAACUGUUUCUCAAAACAAAAGUCCUUUAGUUGGAAUCUUGGUGUAUGAUGACAAAAAAUGAAACACGUUAUAAAGGGGAACAAGCUUUUAUUCAUUUUUUAAUGAAACAUCUAUGCAAUUGAACCAAAUUAAGUACAUAAUUAAAUUUUGAUGACAAAUGUUGCUUAAUUACAAAUAAUCAUUUAAUGAUUUCUUUAGUGAUCGCUUGCAUAUGGUACAAAGCUGCUACAUUCUAACAGUUAGUGAUUAACAUAAACAUUAAGUCAAUGACAAAACCUUUGUUGUACAACAAGACAAUCAUUCAAAAUUGAUGAAAAGAUGUUCUUCAAAAGAAUAAAGGCAUCACAUAUGGUAA